CUGCAGAUUGUCUACAGGUGAGUGUGGGGGCGGAGCUCUGCCAUCAGGUAGCUCCUCCCACUCCUCUGCUGCUGAUCAUCCAGGUUGUUCUCCUCAGUCACAUCAGAUCCAGUGUAGGGACUGUGCACUGUCCCCAAUAUGAAGACUUCUCUGUCUGUCUUCCUCCUGCUCCUCCUCUGUUAUAUCCCGGAGAUCACAUCAGAUUCCAACAAUACAGUGGCGAGUGUACUGCAAUGUCCAGAAGACAGCAGCAUCUGCGACUUGGCCAGCAGCUGCUGUACGCCGGGAAUGGACAGCUACGGCUGGAUCGCGGCCGCUGUGGGCUGGGGUUUGUGGUUCUUCACCAUCAUCCUCUUCUGUGUCUGUAAAGUUAUGAACUUGCACCCAAAUGAGCCCAAAUACCUCCAUGCAUAACUGGGGGAACCCUAACGAAGGAGGAACAUCCAGGAAGAGGCGAAACGCAGCAGGAUCCAUCCCAGAGAGAGUCCUGAGGAACGACAUAAACUCCAACUUUCCUGCUGGUGUCAUUGGGGGGAGAUGUAUCAAGCCUUGGAGAGUGAUGAAGUGGAGAAGUUGCCCAAAGCAAGCAGUCAUCUUAUAACUGUCAUGUAUCUAGAGCGGUCUUUGAAAUGACAGAAGCGGAUUGUUUUCUGCAACCGCUGCACUUUAUCUCUCUCCAACGCUUGAUACAUCUCUCCCUAUGUUUCAUGUCCCAUUUAACAUUGUUAUUCCCAGUGUGUACUCAGAGACUUUCCUGACACCGUGCGCCCUGCAUCAGCCUGAACACAAAAUACAUCGCAUUAAUGUCUGUCAUCGCGUAUUAAUGUGCGUCAGUGCAGGGCGGGAACGGUUCCAGGCUCAUAUUUACUAAUGCACAAUGAUUUAAUGAGGCUACCGGAUAAUUGCUGACUCAAUAAUCUGUGGGGCGAUGGGGGGAACCAGUACAUAUAUAUAUUUAUUGUAUUCACAUGGUGUGUUGCUUCAAGGUAUCUAUUUACUAAGCCUUGGAUGGAGAUAAAGCGGUAUAUUCAAUUAGGGUCGGAUCCAUUCCGACAUGCAUUUGUCGGCAUGGAUCCGACAACCCCUAUUCAAUCCCAUCUCAAUUCGACUUUAAAAAAAGUCGAAUUGAGAUGAGACCUGUAAGCGGAGGAGAGGGGGGAGACCAGCGGGCAGACGGAGGAGAGCAGUGCUACCUUAGCUCUGCAGAAGGAUGUCUCACAGCCGCCAGACCUCACGGCAGUGUCCACCCGGCUCCAGCAAGCGUGACCUCACUUGCUGGAGCCGGGUUGGACGCUGCCGUGAGCUGCGCAGCUGUGACACAUCCUCCUACAGCGCUGUGCUGUAGCGCUGCUCUCCCCCGUCUACCCGCGGCUGUCCCCCGUCUCCCCGCGGCUCUCCCCACUCUCCUCCUCUCGGGUCCCUCAUCUCAGUCCGACAUUUUUUUAUGUCGGACUGAGAUGGUCGGAAACGGGGCCAAAUCCUGUCGAAUUUGGCCCCGUUUCCCUCAAAAGUACAUGAAUCGGCAGCUAUACCGCCGAUUCACGUACUAUUCGACAAGUCGAAUUCCCCAACUUGUCGAAUAAAAAUAGCGGGGACUGAAUAGGUUGAAUAACGAUUCGACCUUAAAAAGUCGAAAACUGACGUCUUUUCGACAGACGGCAGCUUUCGACCCUAAUUGAAUAUACCCCAAAGUGGACGGAGAUAAAGUAUCAGCCAAUCAGCUCCUAAGUGUCAUUUUUCAAACGCAGCCUGUAACGUGGUAGUUAGGAGCUGAUUGGCUGAUACUUUAUCUCUCUCCCAGUUUGAAUUUAAUUUAAAUCAACAGACGUGAAUAACAGUAACAGGACACAUUCCAUAGAAGCCUCUGGAUGAGCCGGGCAAACAUAAGACGCGCGCCAUCAAUUAAUCAGCGGUGAUGUCACAGCUCCUACCGAAUGGUUAGGCUGAAUGUAAUAUCCGCCCCCAAAAUGGCGGCCUCCGCUGCGUCUGCAGAUGGCACUUUUAAAAGGGAUAGACCUUGAACCCCUGUACGUUAUUUGUAUCAAACGCUGACAGUAUUUCGGUAACAAUAUUAAGCACGGCUUUCAUGACGCUAAAUGGAAAUAAAAUCUGAAAUUAUUGGA